GGUACUGGAAGAGAUGUUAAGCUGGCUGCUUCCACCCAUGGCUCUGCACACACACAGGGGCGGGUUGUGCCGGGGAGAGCGGGAGGCUGGGCUCCGAGGUGGCGGAGGCGGUGGAGGAGGAGAAAGCGGUGGCGGAACCGAUGUUUCCCCAGCCUGCUUGCCUACUUCGGUGACCGAGCCGCUCCUGCUGCUGGGUUGCUGCCUGCGGCCGGAGGAUCCGUCCGAGCGAGGGCGGCUGCUGACGCCGCCGGUGGAGAUGAUGGCGGAGGGCGGCGGCGGCGGCGGCGGCGGGCAGCGGCUCAAGGCGCUGUCCCUGUUAGAGGCAGCCCGCUGCCGCUAUGAAAGCCUGCAGAUUUCCGACGAUGUCUUCGGAGAAUCGGGCCAGGACAGCAGCGGCAACCCAUUUUACAGCACCACCGCGGAGUCCCGCUCUGCCUCCGAGGAGGACGACGACGAGGCGGAGGAGGGCGAAAGCCCCGAGGGAGGACGCAGCCAUCGGGGCAGGACUGGUGGACGCCAAGGCUCCAAGGCGUCGGCAGCGGCAGAGCAGGAGGAAAAGCAGCAGCAAGUGCAGCGUGGCUUGGAGGCGAGUUUCCUGAGUCCCGCGGAGCAGCGGCAGCGGCAGGAGGAGGAAGAGGAAGGCGAGAGGGGCUGGAGCCAGAGCCUGCGGAACACCCCGACCCCUUCCUUCAAGGAUAGCAGCGGUCCAACUCGCAAAAUGCCACCCACUUCCAGUGCCAUGGACUUCUUCCAACUCUUUGUUCCUGACAAUGUGCUAAAGAACAUGGUGAUUCAAACCAACUUGUAUGCCAAGAAAUACCAGGAACGGUUUGGCAGCGAUGAGGCUUGGAUGGAUGUCACCCUGAUAGAAAUCAAGGCCUUCCUUGCGUAUAUGAUAUCUACAAGCACUCACCAUUGUGAGUCCGUCCUCAGCAUCUGGAGUAGUGGUUUCUAUAGCAACAAGAGCAUCGCAUUAAUCAUGACUCAGGCAAGAUUUGAGAAGAUUCUUAAAUACUUCCAUAUUGUGGCCUUUCGUUCGAGUCAGACGACACAUGGCCUCUAUAAAAUCCAGCCCUUUCUGGACUCUCUGCAACAUAGCUUUGACACUGCUUUCAAGCCUUCCCAGACACAGGUCCUCCAUGAGCCUCUGAUUGAUGAAGAUCCAGUUUUCAUUGCCACCUGCACAGAGCGAGAAUUACGUAAGAGAAAAAAACGGAAAUUCAGUCUCUGGGUACGGCAGUGCUCAUCAACCGGUUUUAUAUGCCAGAUCUAUGCCCAUCUGAAAGAAAGCAGUGGGACUGAGGGUCUGGAUGCUUUGAAGAACAAAGCUCAGCUUCACAGCAUAGUGGCCAAGAGUCUUUGUCAGAAUGUCACAGGGAAAAACUGUAUCAUCUUCACUGGCCCCAGCAUUACCAGCCUGAACCUCUUUGAAGAAUUUGAAAAACAAGACAUUUAUUGCUGUGGAUUGCUAAGUACAAGAAAAAGUGACUGCACAGGGCUGCCUUCCUCAAUGCUAAACAACCCAGAGACCCCCCAAUCUCGAGGACAUUACAGGAUAAAAAUGAAAGGAAAUAUGUCUUUGAUCUGCUGGUACAACAAAGGCUACUUUAGAUUUUUGACCAAUGCUUAUUCUCCGACUCAACAAGGAGUUAUCAUCAAGAGGAAGAGUGGAGAGAUCCCAUGCCCUCUGGCAGUGGAAGCCUUUGCUGCUCAUCUUAGUUAUAUUUGCAAAUAUGAUGACAAAUAUAGCAAGUAUUUCAUUUCUCAUAAACCAAACAAGACCUGGCAACAAGUCUUCUGGUUUUCCAUCAGCAUUGCCAUAAACAAUGCUUACAUCCUGUACAAAAUGUCUGACGCCUAUCCUGUGAAAAAGUACAGCCGAGUACAGUUUGGUGAGAGACUCGUAAAGGAGCUGCUUGGAUUGGAGGAUCCCUCACCAGGCCAUUGAUGGAUCCUUCUUCAUAGUUUAGGCUAGGAGUGGGGGAGAUGGAGGAAAGAAAAGGGAACAAACUCUGGGAUGCCAUAGGUAACUUACUAUUCCAUGUGACAAAAUCACUAGGGAAGCCCUUAAGUAGGUUGGUGUCUUCCCAAUGGCCUUAUUGAUGUUCAAAGGGCCCUCAAGAGAGCACUGUAUGAAAGCUGCACGUGUGAGUGCAACACAGGCACCGAUGUAUCAGAAAUGAAUUUAUGUUAGCUAUUCCUCAAAAUGAUUUUUCAAACAGGAUGUUAGUUGUUACACAAAUCCUCUUUCCUAUCCCUUUUCAAGCUAGAAAGGCUCAGCAGUUCCAGUUGGGCAUGUUGUUGGGUGGUUGUUGUUUUUU